UCGAGUUUGCCGCUCGAGUUCAAGGACUUCGAGCCGCCACCUGAGGCCACCACAACAAAAACUGCCGGACCAUUCUCUAUUAAAGUUUCUUCUUCAUCCUUCGUAGGAUUGCUGUUGCAUAUAUUGCCCGAGAGCUGUGUCAGGAGCAGGACAUCCACUUCAUGGGUGGCUUGGUUGAAGAUUGGGCAAGCUGCCUUGCCAGGGAUGGUGUGCACCCGAGCCGCCACAGAAACCGGCUGUUGGCAGACUACUUCUACAGGGAGGCCCGCAUCCUGGCUGCCACUGUGGAGAGGGGCCGAAUCCUGCACAACUACAAGGACAGGCAGUCGCCAUCUUACUGGAGUGGCUGGGCAGAACCACCUGCAGCACCUGCCUUUAGCAGUGCCGACUUUCCUCCCCUUGAAGCUAACUUUAUUUCUCCUGCAGCAAGCAAGCCAUCGUGGGUGAAGCCAAGAACACCGGCGCAGGUGACCAGCCGUGCUUCCUUGCAGGCGUGCAACACCGACCAGCUUCCUUGUGCCCUUCAGGGUCCUGGCUUUGCUCUCGUUGGCGGUGUUCGCGUUUGCCGCAAGGGCAGCAAGACCUGGUGCACCUGGGACAGCCUGCCUUCACCCAUGACCCAUGGUUCAAGGGUACCGAGAAGGGGAAAGGAAGAGGUGAGGCUUCAAGGCCAUGUUCCUUCUGCUAAGCCAGUGAGCAUCAGCCAAGGUGCUAGCACCACUUGUUUCAGGGUCGUGGGAGGAGUCAUACAGCCUCAGGUGCAAACAUGCAAGGGCAAGCCACAACCCCACACAACAGUGCCCAUGACAGCUGUUUGA